AUGGAGUUCGGAAGCGGGUACAAGAUCGAUCGCGCGAAAAGUGGAGGUUUUGGUGCUGAGAUCGGGUCGGGGACUAUUAGCUUGAGAUCGUUGACGUCUUCGACCGCCUCGAUCCGUCAGAUCUCCAGCCUUGUGAGCCGCUCAGGUGUCUUUACAUCCAACCCCAAACAUUCCUCGAAGCCAUCUACUGGCACAGCGCGUCAAUACCUGCCCUGGACAUAUCAUCACAGUUCAUUAAAAACCCUGCAGUGUAGAUCGAUCUCAGCUCUCCCUGUUGUCGGCGAGGGAGUGGGAGAGCCACAUCGCUGGCGAUCCUUGCAUGGCUCUGAAUUUACUGCUCUUUUCCAACUGGGUUUCCAUUUCAACUGUCAAUCCAGACCACGGGCAUGCUCUAACAGGGCCAGUGAUGACCUCAAGCCACACAUUAUUGACAUGCUAUAUCAGCCCAGGGCUUGA